CUUGACAGUUUUUCAGUGACAGUGACAGUUUUGUAAAAAAUUGUUGUUUUGUAUAGUUGUGUUUUGUAUAUAAAUGACGUCUGGCAAGGAUACAAUGGGUGAGCAACCUAUCUUCACAUGCAAGGCUCAUGUAUUCCACAUUGAUCCGAAAACAAAGCGGUCAUGGAUGCCGGCUUCAAGUACAGCAGUUAGCGUUUCAUUUUUUUACGAUUCUUCCAGAAGUUUGUACAGAAUUAUUAGUGUAGAAGGUCAAAAGGCUGUUAUAAAUAGUACUGUUACUCCUAACAUGACUUUUACAAAAACCUCGCAGAAAUUCGGACAAUGGUCCGAUGUUAGAGCUAAUACUGUAUAUGGACUAGGUUUCUCCUCAGAAGCUGAACUUCAGAAAUUUAUUGACAAAUUCAACGAAGUAAAAGAAGCCACCAGAUCUGCCAUAAGUAAGGUAACUGCCAAUGGUGGGACAGCAGUGACUCCAGUUACAAGUGCAAAUGCUAGUCCUAUAACUACCAGAGCUGCUACUGCUGCUCCUGAUCAGUCCGACAAUCUACUUGAACCUCCUGGUUGCGCUGCCAUGCCAGUACCUAGUAACGCCAAAGCAGAGGAUGAGGUGCCCCAUCCUCGCAGCCAUUCAAUCUCUGGCAUGCAAAGCAACGAGAGUCCUAGCCAUCAAGUCAAGAUGGAUAAAACUCAAUAUAUAACUGCUAACACCAACCCCAUCGAUAUGCAGUUGAAAUAUGAAAACGAUAGAUUGAAGCUCGCGUUGGCCCAAAGUUCUGCCAACGCGAAGAAAUGGGAGAUAGAGCUGGCAACGUUAAAAAGCAAUAAUGCUAGGUUGACUAGCGCCCUACAAGAAAGCACCGCUAACGUGGAUGAAUGGAAACGACAGUUGGCCAGCCUGAAGGAAGAGAAUAUGCGGAUGAAGGCGAAGUACCAGGCAGAUCUCGAGAACAGCAAAGGAGGCGGCGAUUUGGCAGACGAAUUACGAAAGGAAAUUCAAUCCCUGCGCAUUCGCGUGGAGCAACUAGAGUCCGAAUUGGAUAGCAAAAAUAAUGAAAUCAAACUUUUGGCUUCCUCCAACAGAACAUCUGAAAUUCAGUCCCUGCAGAAGGAAAACCAGGAACUGCAGAGCACAAUAAAACUGGCACAGUCGGAACUCGAAAUAGCCCUCAGCGCACACGAAUCUCAAAAGCAGGUGCUCCUCACGCUAAACCAGCAGCUCGCCUCGCGGAUCCACGAGCUGGCGACCAUCCACGACGAGAUGUCCACAGCGCUGCAGACGUGAGAGCUCAUCAGGGCGAGAUAGCAUUGUAUUAACGAACGCAUUUAUAUCGCAUAUGUAUAGGUCUGUGUCCAAAUCUCUCGCUUCUUGGGUUGUGUUGGAUGUUUUUUGACUAAACUAAACAAAAAGAUGUUCGUAUGUACCGUUAACAAAAAAUAGGUUGUAAUAUUCGUGCCAUUUUGUUUGAUGCUCAAAUGUCGCGUGCCAGUUGGUCGAGGUUAAUAUGGGAGAAAACUGCCGAGACUCAGUGAUUUUGAAUAUUUUAUAUUGCAAGGUCGACUAUACACGGCUGGAAAAUCCACACGGCCCAU